AUGAACGAGGAAUUCCCAGUAAGCGCCAGUCAUAAGCUGGCGUUGAUUACGUCCCUGCCCUUUGUACACACCGCCCGUCGCUACUACCGAUUGGAUCGUUCAGUGAAGAGUUCGGAUUGGUGCCGCGGCGGCGGGCAACCGGCGCUGCGGCGUGCCGAGAAGAACGUUGAACUGUACGAUCUAGAGGAAGUAAAAGUCGUAACAAGGUUUCCGUAG